CUUCUCCUUCUUUUUCUUCCUUUUUCUUUCCCCAAAAUACUUAAUUAUACUACAUUAAAUAUAUAUCUUAAUUAAUGUUUUGUAACUGAAGACCUUGAGAUUUGUGAACCCUGUUUUUUCAAUUUCUGAAUUUAAUAGUGUUGACGAGGUCAGGGCAGAGGGGUGCAGCAGCCUGCAGCAGCUUACCAAAAACCUCAACCAAUCCCUUCAAGCAUGGAAAAGAAAGCUAGCCAGCUCUCUGUUUUCUGCAGGAGCAGCUCCUUAUAUGGUAUGUGAUAUUGUUCUUAAGAAACGAAUGUUUUGAAAUGACAGUGCCUUAUAAAGAAUGUGAUCUUACCCACAGCACCAUAUCUCUUGAGUGAGAGAGAGAGUGAGGUGAGAGUGAGAGAGAGAGUAAUAUUUAAUUUACUGAUUAUAGCCUCUCUCUCUCUCUCUCUCUCUUAAUUUUUAAUGUUUAACUUUUUUUUAAAAGUCACGAAAUUCCGGGUAAAAAUUUCUUCAUGGGUGUAAUGUAAAAAUUGGAAAGUAGUCCAAAAGUCUAAACCGACCCUUUUGGCUCACAAUGGGAGAAAAGGCUGCACACAUGGGACAAAACUUGGAACAGUCCCUUUUGGUAUAUAUUUAUUCUCUUAAUUCCGUUUCAGAGCUCACACCCACCCACCCUUCCUUCAUUCCUUCAUUCUCUCUCUCUCUCUCUCUCUCCCUCUCCCUCUCUUUCUCCCAGUCUCAAUCAAAGAGAUUAACAUGAUGAAGAGGGUUGAAGAAGUUGAGAGCAGCAGCAGCUUGCAGAUGAUGAGGACUGAUCUUCAGCUGUCCUCCCCUGGCGGCAUUCUGCCGCCGGAAAUGAGCCUGAAACCUCCAACGGUCAGACCCUACGUCCGAUCAAAAACGCCUAGGCUCCGGUGGACUCCCGAUCUUCACCACUGCUUCGUGCAUGCCGUCGAACGCCUCGGCGGAGAAGACAGGGCUACUCCAAAGAUGAUUUUACAGAUAAUGGAUGUGAAAGGGCUCACCAUAUCUCACGUCAAAAGCCAUCUUCAGAUGUACAGGAGCAUGAAGCACGAGCAGAUGAUACACGAAGCAGCUAUUGCAGCAAAGAAGAAGGAUCAAGCGCAAGGCAUUAAUUCACAACCAGAUUAUGCCUUCUAUCAAAAUUAUGGGACUUAUUAUAUUGGAGAUCUUGCUCUGAAUAGUUCUAGCACGUUGCCUCAUCAAUGGAAUGACGAGCAAGAAGAUGGAACAAAAAAUAAAAAUAAUGAUCAAUUGCAAUACCAAGAAGCAACAAUAAAAGAAUGGGGAGAACAUGAAUCAAAUCCUUAUUUCCUCUUCAAGGAUGUAGGCAAUAGCUAUACUUUGCAGGAGAGCAAUGAUUUGCAGGGAAAAUCUUGGCUGUCUAAUCAUGAUAAUCAAAAUACAAAUGAAGCAGUUGGUGUUAAUAGAGACAACACUCUCUCCCUAUCUUUAAGCUUGGAAGCUUCUUCAAUGGCACUGCCUAUGACUGCGGAACAUAAUGUGAAUGAUGUGUCGCUUGAGCUCACUCUUUCCUAAUCUAUGCGUUGAACAUUAAAUAUGUAGUGAUAGUUAGUAGCAAGGAAAAUGAUAUGUACAUUAAGAACUUGAAAGUACUAUCUUAAUGUGGUUAUAUAUAAUUUGCUAGGAUAUCAAGCAGGUGCCUAUGGAUUAGCAAGAUAGUUGUUUUAGAGUAUUCAAUGAAGGCUAGCUUGUCCUUUA